AUGGCCUGCUACGACCUCUGCCGCCCCUGCGGACCCACCCCGCUGGCCAACAGCUGCAACGAGCCCUGUGUCAGGCAGUGUGAGGCCUCCCGCGUCGUCAUCCAGCCUUCCACCGUGGUGGCCACCCUGCCAGGACCCAUCCUCACCUCCCACCCCCAGAGCACCUUCGUCGGAUCCUCCGCAUCGGCUGCCGUGGGCAACGAACUCAGCGCCCAGGGAGUGCCCGUCUCCUCCGGUGGCUUUGGCUACGGCUUCGGCUACGGCUUGGGAGGCCUGGGUGGAUGCUAUGGCGGAAGAGGCUGCAACAUCUGCUAAGGGUACUGGCCACCAACCCUGACACCCUGGAAGCCAUGCAUGGAUGGAAGUUUCUAGUUUUCGAGAGUUUCUCCUCUCAAGACACCAGGCAAUGAAGCAGGGAAUGGUCCUGUCCGAGAUGCAUGUAAACAGAUACCUUGGAUCUCCUCCUCUUAUCCCACUUUCUUAUUUUCAUCACCCCUUCUCUUACAUCUACUUGUCUCUGGUACAAAAACCUUCUCACAAGUCAUGGCUCACCGGGGACCUCUAGUGGGCUACUCCCACGUACGGGCAGGAAGACCUCGGUGCUCUGUGAAGAUCUGCUGCAUGCAAGGGACCACAGAUGAUGGUUGUCCCCCCUUCCCUUCAGACCAGCUCCAUUCCACUUGGUGCUCCUGCCUUUGCACUCUUUUCCCCUCAAUAAAGUUCUCCUGCAUCCC